AUGGGAGACGCCCCAAACAAGAUCGCAAUCACAAUAUGCGGGGAUGGCGGAUGCGGAAAAUCUUCAAUCACUCUGCGCCUGGUUCGCAGCGAAUGGGUCCAUGAAUAUGACCCUACCAUAGAGGACUCGUACUCUGUUUCACGCACCAUCGACGGCGAGCAAUAUUUUUUGUCAAUCACCGACACGGCGGGCCAGGAGGAAUAUCGGGGGCUAUGGGCGGCGUCAAAUCUAAAGUCCGACGCGUUCCUUCUCGUCUACGACAUCACAAGCGAGUCCAGCCUCAACGCCCUAGACUAUUUUAUGGAGAUGAUCGAAAUGGAGACAGAUCAACGCGCGGAGGACAACCUACGAUUAAUGAGGGAACUCGGUGACAGCGCACGAGGUGUGGAAUUUGGAAUGGCCGCUCCGGUGAAGAUUGUCGCGGGUAACAAAUGCGAUCUCAAGGACAAUCGUGUCAUUAGCGCGAGAGAGGGGCUGGAGUAUGCUAGGAAACACAAUAGCGGGUUCAUGGAAACAAGCGCCCGCGAAAUGGUGAACAUUGAAGAGACAUUUGCUCUUUUGGUUCGUCGCGUCGUGGAAGCCCGUCGAGAACACCACCAACAUAACCAGGAGUUAACGAAGCCAACCCGUCAUGUGGGGUUUUCCCUAAAGAAACCCCCCACCGGCGCAGUGUCGAAGAAAGCAUCCGAUACAACCCUUUCUAAACAAACGAACCAACGGCAGGGUAGAUUCCACGGCCUACUGAAAGGCCGACGGGCAAACACCAGUUCGGAGCAGUCUGAGAUAAAACCAGAGAGCCCCCCAGAGAUGAAUACGUCAGAAGGCGAGACUCCAAGUCGAUGGAAGCGACUGUGCUGUUAA